CACGCCCAAAGACCAAAAGGCUGCAAUUUAUGGCAGGAGCAAGAGUGCCUGAUCCACCAAUUGUUGGUAAAGUAACCUCUCAUUCCAUAGCCCUGUAUUGGAAGGAGGCAGACCACGCCCACACCUACCUGAUUCAAGAGAGAGACAAAACUAGUUUGGGCAGUUUUGUGACAGUAUAUGAAGGAGCAGAAAGUCACUGUCUAUGCACUGGAUUGAAACCAGGGAGUGAAUACCAUUACAGAUUAAAAAUAGUUAAUAAUAAUAAUAAUAAUAGUAAUUCACCUGAUUCAGACUGGAGUCAAGCUAUUACAGUUUCAACCACACGUCAAACAAUGUCUUGUGACAAUCUUCAUAAAGCAAUAACUGCUGAUGAUGUGAAUUCAAUCAAGGUUAUACUGGAGUCCGAUCCUCAGUUUAUUGAUAUACCAGAUAUAAAUGGACUCUCUCCUCUAAUGGCUGCAGCUAAGAAAGGAAGAGUUAGAAUAGUUGAACUGUUGUUAAGUUUUGGAGCUGAUGUUGAGUAUUGUAACACAGCUGGUAAGACCAGUUUGAUGGAGGCAAGUUACCAUGGACACAAUGAAUGCAUCAGACUGCUACACAGUGCAGGAGCUUUGUGGUCACAGUGUGACCUUUCGGGCAUGUCAGUGUUACAUUGGGCAGUUGAUGGUGAACAAGCUGAAACUGUUGAAUAUUUAAUUAACGAAGGAAUACCAGUUGAUGUUGUAUUUGACUCUACUGUAUCUGAAUGGACUCCGCUGUUGCGUCUUAGUGCCACUAAUGGUAAUACUGCCAUUGCUAAUAUACUGAUAUCAAAUGGAGCUGACGUGAACAGGAGGGACAAAGAAGGACAGACACCUUUAAUGUUUGCGUGUCUUGGUGGUCAUAAGGAUCUAGUCCAUUUAUUGUUAAAGUACAACUGCUGCACUACCAUUAAGAGCAAACACGAUAAAACUGCCAUUGACUUUGCAGCUCUAUUUGGAAGAGAGGAUAUUAUUGAUAUGAUUAAAAGUGUCACAAGACGUGGAAGUAUAGAAGAAAAACGACAACAACAACAAUAAACAACAAACAUCACUUAGACAACAAAAAGACACUUACAAUAAUUAAUAUUUAUUAUUAAUAUUACAUAUAAGAGUAUUAAUAAGUUUUAACACACACCA